AAAUGGUGAUAUUGGGUUUCAAGAGGAGUGAGACAGGAGUAUGGGUGUCAUGGACGAUGAAGAUGAUCGGCGGCUUCUGGAUAUCAUAGGAGACGUGCAGGCUUUGAAUGACUAUCUUCAUGGCUCCAAUAACAAAUCGAUUGAGGAGGAAGAUGUGACAAAUGCGGCGUAUGGCAACUCCAGCUCUUUUUUUACCGGCAGCACAGGUGGAUCCAGUGCUGGACUUAAGGACAACACAAAUCACCUGGGGGAGUUCGGCGAUGCCAGUGAGGCGGGCUUGCAGCUCUCCAACAGCCUGCAGUUUAUCGAGGAUGAACUGGGCGCGGAAGCGUCGCCCGGCGGGGUCGACCUUGGCGGCGAGGAGCAACCCUUCGACAUCCUUCAGAAGUCCCUAUUGGAGGCGGACAUCACCGAGCAGACGUUGGCGCAGGAGGCUCUCCUGGACUCUCAGCCGCCCCUCGCACCCCCCGUCACCACUACUGCCACCUUCCCCCCGCAGCUGGUCUCGGGGGGAUUCGGUGGUGUGGCGGGGUCAGGGGUAGUUGCCCCACUGCCUCUCUGCGGGGCUCAACCUCAGGCUUUCAUCCAGCAAGUCCCCCAGAUGCCAAUGCCAAACGGUCCCACGGGCCACAUCCAAGUGCUGGGGUCCUUCAACGGCAGCACACCCUCCAUGAUGGCCAUCAACAGCCUGGAGCGCCCUCAGAUACUGCUGAGGCCUACUGCGAACGCAGUGACAAGCACCAGCAACCAGGGGGAGAUGUUCGCCCCCACGGCCACCGGGCAGGUCUCUAUGCCCUUCAAGGGCUGUGGGACGUCCAUACCUGUCCAGAACAUUAUCAUCCAGAGGGGGCAUGGCCCUCAGGCACUGGUAAGGCCCAUUCAGCCCAAACCCUUGCAGCCGGGAGGACAGACUGUGUACAACAUUAGCAACCUGGGCCUCCAGCCCAACGCCACUGCCCCAGUCAACCCUGCAAGCGGGGCAUAUACGGCCAGCAGUUCCCCACAGGCGCCUCAGCAGGUGAAGGUGGUCAGUCAAGCCAGCAACAUUGUGCUUCACUCAACCCUUGGUCAGCAAGGUCAACAACAGCAGCAGCAGCAGCAGCAGCAACAACAGCAUCAGGCGAACGUGUCCACAGGGCAGUUUCUGUUGCCGAACUCCGUCUCGCUCACGCCCGGGUCGUCUGUGCAGAGCUUCCAGGCCGUGAAUGGACAGGUGUUGCAAACCAACGCGCAGCAGGUGGACCCGACCACCACGAUCACCACCACGUACUCCAUCUUGCCCACUCAGAGCGGGGCAGUCCAGCUCAUUGCUGGGCAGCACUUCACCGGCGGGCAGCUGAUCGUGAAUCAGGGGGUGGUGACGGCAGCAGCAGGGGCCACAGUGGGGCAAAUGUCCCCAAACAUGAUGACCCAGGUCCCUCAAAGGUCGAGUGGCAUCGGCGGCGGCGGCGUCGCUCCCAAAGUCUGGACGUGUGUCACGGCCAGCUUGACCUCCAGCCCCGCUCCCGUCCAGGUGAACGCGGCUCAGACACGGCUGACACUCGUCAGCUCGUCAGGGCAGGGCCUUCAGACGCGGCAGCAGGUGACGGUGGGCGCAGGACAGCGCCUCCUUGUGCCCGUGGCACAGAACGCAACGGGGAUCACGCAUGCCGGAGUGCAGGAGUUGCAGUUUGAGAUGCAGGCUCUUCCUCUGAGCCAGGAUUCCUCCAACACUCAGAAAGCACAGCCUCAGUUGGUCAGUUUGCUAGGUACCAAAGCUGCGAAAACAGUGCCCUCCAUCAAGCAGGAGACUCCCUGCCUGGCCACCACACAGCUCAACCUGCAGAAGAGGCCGGCACCUCAACAGCUCACGAGAGGGGGAAUGAUCCUGCAGCAACUAAGGCAGGACCACACCGGAGUCUUGGCUUCAGACCUUACCCCCUUCUCCUCGCUAGAUGACGUCAUGUACAGACUGUUGCCCUUCCACGUGUUCCAGGGAGCCCUGCCCAAUGAGGAGGAAUUCGCUAAAGUGGAUGAGGAGUUCGAGGCAGUGGCCACACAGGUUCUGAAGAGGACUCAAGCCAUGGUGAACAAAUACCGGCGUCUUCUCAUGGUGGAGGCUGAGCGAUCAAGUCCCUCUUCUGAGAUGGUGAUGAUUGACAGGACGUUUAAUCAAGAGGAGCGAAGCAACCUGACGCAGGACAAGCGCAUGGUCCUGGUCGACCCAGACGGAUUCUUGGACGAUUUCUGCUGCAUGCCCAAGCUGCCAGUCCCAAGCACCGGUCCCCAGGUGGAGCCAGCAGCUUUCCUCGCCGGGUCGCCCGCCUCUUUGGGGUCGCCCGCGUCUUUGGGGUCGCCCGCGUCUUUGGGGUCGCCUGCCGGCUACACGGGGAGACACGGGGGCAGGGGAAGAGGAGGAGGA